UGAUAUUCUUCCUUUCAUUCUUGGACAAGGGAAAUAUUGGCAAUGCCCGCAUGGCAGGGCUGCAGGAACAGCUUGGGAUGACAAACAACCAAUACAGUAUAGCCUUGACAGUCACAUACAUUCCUUAUAUUUUAAUAGAGUUUCCAACGAAUCUACUGCUCAAGCAUAUUGGUGCUAAUAUACUCUUGCCGGCAAUGGUGGUGCUGUGGGGUAUCGUAACAGCCUUGCAAGGCCUCGUCACUACCUAUUCCGGUCUCAUCGCCUGUCGUUUCUUUCUCGGUCUUUUUGAAGGUGGUCUACUUCCGGGCUUGUCGCUGUAUCUUGCAUCAUUCUAUCCGAGACAGAGGCUGCAGUUACGCAUCUCCAUCUUCUUCGCUGCUGCAUCACUGGCCGGUGCAUUUUCUGGCCUUCUUGCCGCCGCUAUCAUCAAGAUGGAGGGCGUCGGAGGUAAAAAUGGCUGGGCGUGGAUCUUCAUCUUGGAAGGUCUAUUCACCGUGUGCUUCGGAGCGGCGUCCUUCUGGCUGUUGCCUCGCACACCACAAUAUGCGCUCUUCUUGACGUCCGAGGAGAAACAGUACAUUUCCGAGGUGCUGCAAGAUGACGGUGUCGUUGCGGCAAACGCUUCCGAAGACGAGUUCAGUUGGCAUCAUGUCAUCGAGACGUUCAAGAAGCCGCACGUGCUGGUCCUCACUGUUGCCGGCUUCUUCAAUGGUUCCACGCUGUCCGGCCUUGCGUACUUCGCGCCCUCUAUCGUGGCGAGCCUCGGGUACACGAAAAAUCAGGCACAGCUCAUGAGUGUGCCGCCUUUCGCAGUCUCUUUCGUCCUGUCCAUCGUGACCUCUUUCCUGUCCGAUUUCUACGGCCGACGUGGUCUCACCAUUACCUUCUUCGCCUUGAUCAGCAUCGUCGGCUUCGCCAUGUUCCUCGGCUCCGCGGACGACAGCGUGCGGUACGGCAGCCUGUUCUUGUUGCUGCCAGGCACGUACUGCGCUGCGCCGCCACUCGGCGCGUGGGUCGCCAACAACGCCGCGCCGCACGCGCGCCGUGCGACCGCCCUUGCGGCGCUCACCGUCGCGACGAACACCGGCGGGAUCCUGAGCACGUGGCUCCUCGGCGCGCUCUCGCCGCCGCCGCGGUACACCGCCGCGAGCGCGACACUACUCGCGUUCCAGGUGGGCAUCUUGGCGUGUGCGCUCGCGAAUGUGCUCUAUCUCUCCGCGCGCAACGGGCGCAAGCGUGUGGAGAGAACGCACCUAGGCGAGAGACGUGAGAAGGUGGGUGUCGUUGGGGAUGACAACGCGUGGUUUGAGUACAAGCUGUAGGAUCGUGCGUCGUGCAUACGUGCUAUUGUCGCUCUUUUAGCCUUCCUAUUGUAGUUGUAGGAUUGUCCGUCGUGCAUGCGUCGUCGUCGCUCUUUUGGCAUUUUUGUUGUUUUCAUGGACUUCUUGCAGACUUGCAGCUGAAUGUGAAUGAAACUGUCGUUUGCUGUAAUAAUAUAACAAUCUUUGAGGUUUGGC